AUGUCCAAGCCCCUAGUGGACUCGGAAGAUGAGGAAGACGUGGGUAUUCAGCCAUUGUUGGGUGGAGUACCGGAAGUCGUCCUUCCCAGGCUCUCCAAUUCACCUAGAUCACCCCGGGUUCCAACCAAAAAGCCCUUUGUCCCUGCUACAGUGAUUGCUGGCAGUCACCUGGCGGUCAUUGAGCCCUCCCAGCCAACUCCCGAAAGCCCGGUGGAGGCACCCCCAGUCAUUGAUGGAAGUGAUAUUCUCAUUCCCAGACCAUUGAAACAACCCAUGCUAGGUUUGCACCAAGCUCAAGUGGCCCUGUGCAACUUGGUUAGACAAGAGGACCAGGAAUCUGUUACCCUGCCAAAACACAUUCAUGGGUCCUCUACCACCCAGAACACAAGGUCCAGGACACCCUCCAAGGCUCCCUCCAAAGCUCCCCCUGGCUCCCAAUCCAAGGCCUGGACCCACAGUCAGUCUUGUGGCAAGUCCAGAACUCUGGGUGUCACUGCUAUGACAACCCCCAAGACCCAGAUGCAUGGUUGCAGCAAGACCAUCACUGCCAUCAAGGCACCUGCACCUGCACCAGCUCAGAAGUCACCCAAGUUUUCACUUCUGUCAUCAAGUUCGGCAGUCCCUGCUGCAGCACCCAGUCUGGCAGUCCCUGCUGCAGCACUCAACCUGCCCAUGCCGGAUCUCCAUGCCAUGGCAAUUGCGAUUUGGGAUGGCACAGCUUGCAUUGCCAUUCUCGGGGCUCAUGUGGCAGAGCAGGAUGAGAUGAUGACCACACCCCCAAAAUUUGAGGAUGCCUCUGCCAUUGAGGGCCUCCUGUUUGAGUGCAACUGGAUUGUUCAACCAGAGGUUCCAGAUAUGUCCAGCAAAAAUGUGAACCCAGGUGAUCCAGGCAACCUGGUCCCAGAAUAUGAUUCUUCCAAUGACAUGGAUGUUGAGGUGAAGGUUGAAGUGUCUUCUGAGGAGGUUGACAUGGCUACAUAA